CGGUUGUCCCGAGAACCUAAUCCAUUGGACACGGGAAACACCUUACCGUACCUAAUACUUUGCUGUGGAUGCUCCCCGCUUCAUUGGCAGUCACCGUACCUCGAUCAAAAACGGUAACGGCACCAUGAGCUCGCCCGUCGUUGCUGGGGUGAAGCGGUCUUACGCCACAAUGGCCUCCUCCUCGGAUGGCUCAUCCCAAAGCACAAGUGCCGAACCACUUCCGGCGCCCCGGCCAUUCUCCGCCGAGGGCAGAGACCCUGUUCGCCUACCGCCGCUCAAUGCAAGCUCGGCCGUGUCCGCCGAGGCAGCUCUUCGAGAAUACCGUCCGGCCUAUCAAUUCCCGGCACGCAAACUCUCCAAGCCAGCAGCGGCUAGCUACGACCCGGACGCAUCUAUCAUCAUUGCUGGCAUCCGUGGUGCUGGCAAGACCACAUUGGCUGUCAUUGCUUCCUCUGCCAUGCACCGCAAGGUCGUCGAUCUUGAAAUGGCUUUUCGAGAAGUCGCAGGUUCUUCCAGUCCUGCCUACAAAAAGACACACGGCACCGCAGCUUGCCAAGCGCGUGAAGUCAGCAUCCUGUACGACGUUCUUGAGAGGCAUCGCAAAAAUGCUGUCAUUGUCUGUUCAUGGAUCGAAAAAGAUAUACAGUUAGCCCUCGAGAAGCUCCAGAGAGUCCAUCCCGUUAUCUACAUCUUGCGUGACCCGAAAGCUAUCCAGAGCCACCUGAGGAUUGACAGCAUUCAAAAAGCUCGCGACAUCCUGGCUGCGAGCAGCACCUUCUUCAGGAAAUGCACGCGUUAUGAAUUCUUCAACGUCUCGGAGGACUGCAGCAUGCCUGACGAAUUCACGAGCGAGCGGCCCCCCUCGCCCUCUGCGGACCUCGACAGGCCAACGGCACCAUACCUGACGCUCAAGCGAGCCGAGAGGCACUUCCUUAAGUUUCUGUCUCUGAUUCUACCAAGCGGGUCCAUCCCAUUCAUCGAGUCUGCGUUCCCGCUAGCCGGUGUCCCUGCCGAAGAGAGACGGUUCACUUACGCCAUCUCUGUACCUCUCUCCUCAUUCACUCGGGGUGCUAUCGACAUCCAAGAGCUUGAAACUGGCGCCGAUGCCAUAGAGAUCAUUGUUGACGAUCUUGUUGCCGAAGAUGCCGGCCGUUUGCGAUCUUCUGCCGAAAUCCCGACGAACCGAGCCAGCGAAAUAAGUCGAGCAGUAGCCCAGUUCAGACGAGACACCGUCAUUCCCAUAUUCCUUCAUGUGGUGUUUCCCGAAGCGGCACUGUCCGACGACUCAUGGCGGUCCCUCUACUUGUCGUAUGUGCAACAUAGCCUGCGGCUUGUGCCCGAGUAUGUUACUGUUGAUCUAAGGCUUGACGGUCGCUUGCUUGCAGGCAUCAUUGGCUCAAAAGGGACUUGUAAAGUUGUGGGCAAUCUUCAGUUACACGACUCAAACCCUCCCCAGUGGAAAGCCUCUUUCUGGCGGUCAUACUAUGAGAAGGCACAAGAGAACGGUUGCGAUCUCGCAAGGUUCACGAAGAGGGCAACAAGCGUCACUGAUAACCUGGAUGUGCGGCUCGUCCACUAUGCCGCGGAGUUGGCGCCGGGUCCGAGGUUGCCGCUCAUUGUCUACAACACAGGAAUACUUGGACGGACUUCGGCAUGCUUCAAUCAGGUCCUCACGUCGGUUGCGCCGCAAGGCUUGCGCGAUGAGCAUUCCGGAACUGCAUCCGAGAACGCCGCUGUCCUGUAUCCAUCACUUACAGCUCGGGAGGCAACGCAAGCCCUGUACUCAUCCUUCUACUACCAUCCAAUGAGGCUCUACGUCUUUGGGGCCAAUGUGAGCUAUAGUCUGUCGCCGGCAAUGCAUAACGCCGCUCUCAAGGCCUGUGGCAUUCCGCAUUACUACGAGCCUCACUCGACGAGCAACAUCGCGAGUCUCCGAGAACUCGUUAAUGACCCGCACUUUGCCGGUGCCUCUGUGGGACUGCCUUUCAAGGUCGAGAUAAUCAGCCUCACACAUUCCCUAAGCAGGCAUGCCAGAGCUAUCGGUGCUGUCAACACUCUAAUUCCUGUGAGGGAAACCAACCCGGAUGGCAGUAUUCCUGAUGAUGCCUUGCUGUCGAAUGGAAGGAACUUGGCUGGCCCCGUGAAGGCGCUUUACGGGGAAAAUACGGAUUGGAUUGGCAUACGAGCAUGUAUCCGCCGCGGCCUCUCCCCAGCCAACGCUGUGCGGCCCAGCAGUUCUGGGCUUGUUGUUGGCGCCGGCGGAAUGGCUCGAGCUGCUGUUUACGCGAUGCUGCAGCUCGGAGUCAAGAACAUUCUCAUAUUCAACCGAACGCUCGCCAACGCUGAAAAGCUCGUCUCGCAUUUCGAGACACUAUUAUCGCGUAACGGACUGCCGUUGUUCAGCGCUAGUCCGGGAUCAGAGGACAACGCAAGGUUCCACAUCAUCCGAUCCCGCGAUGACCCCUGGCCGAACGGAUACAAACCUCCCACCAUGAUCGUCUCCUGCAUACCAACGCAUGGAAUUGGUGGCAGCCCAGCACCAAAUUUUACAGUUCCCCCCCAUUGGCUGGAAAGUCCUACUGGGGGUGUUGUCCUCGAGCUUGAAUACAAAACUCUAAACAGUCCCCUGAUGGAGCAGGUCCGGAAAGAGGCACAUCGGGGUUGGGUGGCAAUGGAUGGGUUGGAUUUGCUUCCUGAGCAGGGCUUCGCUCAGUUUGAGCUUUUCACAGGACGUCGAGCGCCACGUCGCCUGAUGAGACGGGAAGUUUUCAAGGCGUAUCCUGAUGAUCACGGACGCUCCAACUUUGCGCGACUAGAGCCUCGACUUAACAACAUAACCACGCAAGACUCGUGAACCUAAACAGGUGAACUUGCAAAACGCUAUGCUGUCAACAUCCCGGCACAUGACACUCUUCAAAAGCCAAGUUGGAAGGUACUGAGGAGGCCUUGGCCCCACCACUCCCGCAAGCUGGCCUAUCCAUUUCCAAUAAAGAAAGCACGGCAUAUUGUCCU